AUGGAGGAAUUGAGUGCGGAAUGUGAUUGUAGUGAUGACAGCAAGAUUUUAACGGAAGUAGAUAGUAAUAAGAUCAAAGUUAUCGAAACUAGAAAAUCAGAAAGCACAUAUCUAAGAGAAGAAGAUGUACCUGGAGCAAUUUUACCUCGAAAAAUACCAGAAGAAUGUACCGUAAAACAGCUGCAGCGAUGGCUCCUUUGCCGUGGAGCUAAAACAACUGGGAAGAAAAUGCAGCUUGUUCAAAGGUAGGAGAACUUAAGGGCCAUUUGAAAACUUCUUAUUACUGCCCCUGUUCUUUUCGUUCGUUAUUAAGCCAUGAUAUUCCAAGAAUAUCGCCUGUACCUACUUUGGUAUUUUUUUUUUUCGUUUUAGAGUAAAGGACUAUAUUGCUGGUGGACUAAGCUCUAAGAUUAAGGACCCUGAUGGUGGAAUUCAUUUAGCGAAAGCUAAAGCUAGCCUGGGACUCAUGGAGGAAAUUAACGCCAAGAAACUCAAAGAAAACUUUCCAGUAGAUGGCUUUACAGAAGAUUUAAAUAUUCUACCUGCCAUAUCAUUUGGUACAAUAUGGAGGUAUAUGAUUGAAGAAAGUGAUGCUAAGAAGCAAUUAUCCACUGCUAAACCUCUCGUCAAGGGAUACAACUUUUUAAAUCUGGCCAUGUCCUUAGCAUUAAAUGCAGGAGUCUGA